UAGUUCGAGCGUCUCCGCGCAGAAGAAGAGUAGCGCGCGCGCUAGCGGAUCUCUUCACUCAGAGCUUUGGGAGUGUGUGAUUUGUUAAUGAAUGUCAUUCGUGGGAGAAUUACUCGAGUGUUUAGUAAUAAAGUUCAUUUCAUAAAGAUGAGUGAAGAAGCUCACAAAGCUCGCGUGAGGAUCGGGACUCAUAACGGCACAUUUCACUGUGACGAAGUACUCGCGUGCUUCCUUCUUCGACAGCUACCAGAAUACAAGGAUGCAGAAAUCGUGCGAAGCAGAGACCCGUCGUUCCUGGCAGAAUGUGAUGUUGUGGUUGAUGUAGGUGGAGAAUAUAAUCCCAGUGUUCAGCGCUAUGAUCAUCAUCAGAGAUCUUUUGUGGAAAGUUUCAAUAGUUUGUGUUCAGAGAAGCCAUGGGUGACGAAGUUGAGUUCGGCGGGUUUGAUAUAUCUUCAUUUUGGUAGACGUGUCCUUGCUGAACUGACACAGCUGAAACAGGAGGACACACAGCUGGAUGUUCUUUAUGGGAAGAUGUAUGAGAACUUUGUGGAGGAGGUGGAUGCAGUGGAUAAUGGGAUUUCCCAGCACGACGGUGAAGCGCGGUACUCCAUCACCACCACCCUCAGUGCUCGCGUUGGAGCUCUCAAUCCUCACUGGAACAGCAAAAACCAGGACACAGAGGAGGGUUUCCAUAAAGCCAUGGCUCUCGUAGGAGCUGAAUUCCAGGACCGUUUGAAGUACUACAUGAACGCGUGGCUUCCAGCGAGAGAUAUCGUGCAGGAAGCGGUUCAGAGCAGAUAUCAGGUGGACCCGAGCGGUGAGAUUGUGUCGCUGGCUCAGGGUGGAUGUCCGUGGAAAGAGCAUCUGUUCGCUCUGGAGAAAGAGAUGAAGGUGGAUGUGCCCAUCAAGUUUCUUCUGUACCCGGAUCAGAACGGCCACUGGAGAGUCCAGUGUGUUCCUGCUGGACCCAACACCUUUCAGAACAGAUUGAGUCUAUUAGAGGAAUGGCAAGGGGUCCGGGAUGAUGCACUGUCCAAGCUCAGUGGAAUUCCCGACUGCAUCUUUGUUCAUGCAAGUGGUUUUAUUGGAGGAAACAAGACACAGAACGGUGCUCUGGAGAUGGCGAAAAGAACACUUCAGAUGGCACCCAAACCUUAACAGACCAACACAAACCUGUGAUCCACAUGCUCGCUGCAUAGAAAACUACAUUCUGUUGGUAAAAACUGUAGAAAGUACAUCAAAUGUUGCAGCAAGUUUGUUUCCAUGAUAUUUCUUCAUUAAAUAUCUAGUUAUUAAAAGAGUGAAAGAGUUGAAA